AUGAACGAAAACCAAAGCCUCCAUCACUACAAACUCUACGAUCUCUCUGAAGAUCUCAUCUCACAAAUAUGUGACUACUUUUUUGCUAAACCUCUCGUAAUUUGUUAUCCAUUUCCAGCACUUUCUUGCAUUUCCUGUUCCGAUUACACUUCUCUCAUCUCACUCGUGCAUACGAAUCGUAAAUUGAGAGAUUUGGUGAGAAAUAAUACGGAUUUGUGGUCGAGAUGUUUAUUUAGAUUUCCAUGUUUUUUGGAUUGCAACUUGAAAUUAUGUAAGAAAUUAGUGAUGAGAUGUGAUGAGAAUUAUGCAAAUUUAAAGCUGCCAACCUUUGAAAGUUAUUCGAAACAAAAGGUAGAUUAUUAUAUGGGAGAGGUUUCUUAUUGUCCUCCCAUUGAUGAUGAUUCCACUUUGGAAACAAUCAAGGAAGGAAAGGUACCUUCCACAAGUACUUUUAUUGCACAAGAAAAAAAAAACAAAAUUCAUCAUUAUUCUUCAUGUGAAUUGGAAUUACUCGAUUCCUACUCUGAAUUUGUUAAUGUUCUCUGUGAUACAGAUAGUAUGGAUAUUUACUUUGAGGGUUUCAAUCCUCUACCUCUAGAAUUACACAAGAGAAAGGAAACUCAUUUGACUAUUGGAAGGUAUCAUGAGAAAUUUCCACACAUUCGAUGUGCUUCUUUUAGAUCGCAAUCGAAUUAUGUAGAUUGCAAUUAUUGGUUCAAUUCUGAAAUUGAUUUUGAAAAAAAGAAUUGGUGGCAUGAAAUGGAAGGCAUUGUUGUGAGCUAUUCAUCCUUCUUCUCACUCCAAGAUGUUUUGAAAAGGAACCUAAUUUCCAAAUUUACAAGUGAAAAGAAAAAUGAAAUGAAGAGAGUUAACAUGUCAAUCAACUUGGGAGAGGGGAAAUCGAAUGUAUUAUUGAAAAAUAUUUCAAAUUUUGUGCAAAGUUGUCCAAAUAUUCAAGUAACAACGACUGUAUUUGCUAUAGAAACUCAAUGUUUUAGUGUUCUCUAUCAAUACUUGAAAAGAGUUUCUGUCACUUUGAAAUCUGCACCAGAGGAGACAAUUGUUCUAAAGGAUAUUUCACUACCACACUUGAAAUGGCUAGAUUUUCAUGGAAAAUACCAAGAAGAAUUGAAUCCAACAAUGCAAACUCUGAAAUUACAUCACAUCAAGUUUGACAAUGUUGAUGCACCUAUACUUUCAUAUUUUGAAUUAGAGCAUUUUGAAUUGAGUGUUGAAAACCAAAAACUAUUUCCAAAGCUGCAAACUCUUGAAUUGAAAUAUUCAAAAUUCAGAAAAGAUUUCUUGAUUGACAAGCAUUAUGACUCUUUGGAGAAUCUAAAUGUUAGAUCAUGUGUCGAGGACUAUAAUCAAAAAUUGGAUUUGUAUUUUGAUUCGAAAUUUCACAAAUUGGAGGUUUUGAAAGUUUCAGAAGCAAGAAAUAUACAAGCACUAGAUCUUCCUAAAUUGGAUGAUGUUGACAUUUCUUCAUCCUUGUCUUUCCAUGCUAAAGAUUGUAAACUUGACAGAUGUAAUUUUAAUUCAGUAACUGAAUCAAUCAAUAUUGAACAAUCUAGCCAUCCUAUUUCUACAUCAUUUUACAUGUAUAGAAAUCCUCAGUUUUUGUCCUUAUCAUCUCCUUCAUGUAAGAGUCUAUCUAUAUUCAUCCUACAAAUUACAGAUCAAUCUAUUUGUGAAAUUAAUGUUGGGGAAAUCAAUCAUUUUUCCGUUCAGAUCCACAGCAUUUCUCUGUUAACAAUUAAUGACCCAAAUAAUUUCUUAAUUUUCCCUUAUUCAAGCAACAUUGACAAUCUUGAUUUGAGCAUUAGUAAUAGCAAUAAGAACCUAUUAGAUUUGCUUGUAAAUAAUUUGAAGCAAGUGUCUACAAUUAGGAAAAUCAAAUUCUCCAACAUGUCAUCUGAUAUUUGGAAUCAAAUUUUGUCAAGCAUUUCAGGAAAAGCUCAGGAAUAUGAAGUAGUGGAAUAUAUUAACAGUGAUGGUCUCUAUAUGUAUUGUACUCGAAAAUUAUCAAAUCUUUCAUGUGAACAAACAAGCAAUGUAACGGAAAAAGUUAAUGCUAUUUUAUCUAAUCCUGGAUUAAUGAUAGCAAGUUUAACUGUCUAUCCAGAGAUGAAAAUUCCCCCACCAGUUGAAUCAGCCACUCUUAAUAGUUUAACAAUUAUGACAAAUGGUAAUCAGAAACUAAUCAACUUUCCAAUAGAUUUGCAGAAACUUUCUAAUUUGGAAACACUCAACAUAAGUCAGCAAACAAUAUUCUCAAACAAUGCAACAUGUAUUUUGAAAAGCUUAACUAUUUCAUCAAGUCAAACAGUAGAACUUGACAUGGCACUGCUUCCAUUAUUAACUAAUCUAAAAAUUGAGACCUGUUACAAUCUAAAACUUCAUUAUACCAAAGAAAUAGACAACUCUAAAUUGAACCUCAUUCACAUUAACCUUAUUGACACAUUUAAUGUUGAAUUUCCUUGUUGGUCUCUUUCAUCUGUUAAAGAGCUUUGCAUUACAAAAAUCAAAAAAACAACUUUGAAUACUUUGAUUGAUUCUACAAGAGCCAAAUGCCUUAAAGUUAAGAUGAUUCACUUACCUGAUAAGCAUGUAAAAUAA